AUGAAACCGAGGCUGCUGCUGCUGCUGCCGCUUCUCCUCGCCGGGCUCUCGGUCCUCCGGGGGAGCCGCUGCUUUGAGUUUGUGAUCGACGGGGAAUGGGAGGACGAGGAGUCGGUUCCUCGGCCUGGUGGCGACAGACACAAGAGAGCGAUAUUGACCAGCGAGGAGCAGGAAGACUUUGAGGCCAUCCGUGGAGAUGACAUCACCGUCAAGAGCUACAAGGUGGAGAGCCGGAUCACGUCUCGCUUCGCCCACACCACGGUCCGCAGCUCGGUGGUCAACUCGGGCUCCAAGGCGCAGACCAUCGGCUUCAACGUGCAGAUUCCCAAGCGAGCCUUCAUUACCAACUUCACCAUGAACGUCAACGGCAUCACCUUCACGGGCUCGGUGAAGGAGAAGACGGUGGCGAGGAACCUCUACGCUCAGGCGCGAGCCAAAGGGAAGGCCGCCGGCAUCGUCAGAUCGAACUCGCAGGAACUGGAGACCUUCAAGACGGAGGUGCACGUCCCCCCCGGAAGCCACAUCCAGUUUGAGCUGCAUUACCAGGAGAUGAUGCAGAGGAAGCUGGGCGUCUACCAGCACUCGCUGCACCUGCAACCCGGCAGAUUGGUGCCUCAGUUCCAGGUGGACGUUUACAUCUUUGAGCCCAAUGGAAUCGCCAAGCUGGAAACGUCGAGCGAUCUGGGUGACGAGCUGGAUGGGCUGGUCGCGGUGACGCAGGGCGCAGAGAAGGCUCACGUGGUCUUCAAGCCCACGCUGCGGCAGCAGAGGAAGUGCGACAACUGCACGGAAAGUGCCGUCGACGGCGCCUUGAGCGUCACCUACGAUGUGAAGCGGGACAGCAACGCCGGCGAGUUGCAGGUCUCGGAUGGCCACUUUGUCCACUUUUUCGCCCCGUCCAACAUGUCUCCGCUUCGGAAAAACAUCGUGUUUGUCAUCGACGUCAGCGGCUCCAUGUGGGGGGUGAAGAUGAAACAGACGGUGGAGGCGAUGCGGGCCAUCCUGGAUGACCUGACGACCGACGACCAGUUCAGCAUCAUCGACUUCAACCACAACGUGCGUUGCUGGAGCGAAGACCUGGUCCCGGGAUCCUCCGUCCAAAUUGCCGACGCCAAGAACUACAUCCAGAACAUCAAACCCGUCGGAGGCACCAACAUCAACGAGGCGCUGAUGAAAGCGGUGCAGAUCCUGGUGAGGGCAUCCAAUCAGGGGCUCAUCGACCCUCGAUCGGUCUCCAUGAUCAUCCUGGUGUCGGACGGGGACCCGACGGUGGGCGAGAUCAAGCUGAGCGCCAUUCAGAAGAACGUGAAGAAGGUGAUGAGGGAGGACUUCUCCUUGUUCUCGCUGGGCAUCGGCUUUGACGUGGACUACGACUUCCUGGAGCGCAUGGCCAUGGACAACCGCGGCAUCGCCCAGCGCAUCUUCGCCAACCACGACGCGGCUCAGCAACUGCGGGCGUUCUACAGCCAGGUGUCCAAUCCUCUUCUGCGGAGGGUCGCCGUCCAGUUCCCGGAGGACUCUGUGUCCGACGUGACGCAGAACCACUUUGACAAAUACUUUGGGGGCUCCGAGCUGGUGGUGGCCGGCAAAGUGCGACCGUCCCAGAGCGACACCUUGACCGGCUUCACCAGCGCGUCCGGCGCCCUGAUGGACAUCACCUUGGAGACGGAGGUGGACACUUCCAAGCUGGACGAGGAACUGGCCAAGCAGCAGCACUCCUUCACGGGCUUCGCCAGGCAGCUGUGGGCCUACAUCACCAUCAAACAGAUGAUGAGCGAGAGGUCUUUGGCGCCCACCGCCAGCAAGAAGAGAAAGAUCACCCAGCGCAUCCUGGCGCUGGCCACCGAGCAUCAGUUUGUCACUCCGCUCACGGCUCUGCUGGUGGAGAGCGAGGACACCAAGGAGAGGCUGCUCGCCGACGCCCCGAAGGACCCCAAGCAAGGCUGCUGCUCGGGGAGCGCAAUGGGAGGAGGCGCCAAGACUUUGCCCGCGGUGAAGGUCGUCUACCAACCUCCGCCCUGGGUCCAAAUAACCACGCCGGCCCCGCCCAGCCACGCGGAAAAAGGCCCCGAGGACUGGACGCUGCCUAAGCGGGUCAACUUAGUGGACAACGACCCUCAUUUCAUCGUGCACCUGCCCCAAAGCAACAUGGACGUCUGCUUCAACAUCGACUCCGAACCCGGUCGCAUCCUCAACCUGGUGUCAGACCGAGGCACGGGCGUGGCGGUGAACGGACGCUUAAUCGGCAACAAAGCGGCGGGGACGGAAAAGCGGAGCACCUACUUUGGGGUCAUCUCCGUCCACUCGCGGCGGGAUGGCAUCGGCGUCGCCGUCGCCACCGACAGCAUCGCCUUCGCCGACGGCAAGAACAACCACAGCUUCACGUGGGGCGCCACGGCGGACGUCGUCCAGAACGGGGUGAGAAUCUCCAUCGUAAAGGACUCGCAUGUCACCGUCACCGUCAACCAGGGCAUCCGGGUGAUGGUUCUUCUCCACCGCGUGUGGAAGAAGCACCCGGUCAACGUGGACUUCCUGGGCGUCUACCUCCCAAACGAGAACCGCUACUCGCCGCUGGUCCACGGCCUCAUAGGUCAGUUCUCACGGGAGCCCGAAGUCAGCAUUUCCGACAUCCACGAUGGCGCCGACCCCCAAAAGAAGGAGGCCACCAUGGAGGUGAAGGGCAACAAGCUGCACGUCACCAGGGGCUGGCAGAAGGACUACAGACGGGACAAGCGGCGCGGCACCGACGUCUUCUGCUGGUUCGUGCACAACAGCGGCAAAGGAUUCAUCGACGGCCACUACAGCGACUACGUCGUGCCGGACCUCCACGGCUUUGUCUCGAUGGAAUAG